AUGUCAAAAGAGCACGACCCGGUCGACACCGUCGAUGGAAUAUUGCAACAAAUUGUCAAAACCCGUGAAGAACUAUCUCGACUGACAGAUCUUCAGCAAGACCCUGGAAUUACCCUGAGGGCGAUCUCUGUCGAGUGCUACUUAAUCAAUAAAUCUAUAACGACUCUUCGGGAGCAGCUCCUCCUCUCCCUGUCGUGGUCGGAGUGUCGAACUGCCGAGAAUCAGUGGUUCAUAGACGCCCUGUUGUUUGCGAUCAGUGCUACGCUCUGCAGUACACUAAGCCAGCUGGAUUUCUAUCGAAACCAACGUCCAGCUAGAUCCUCUUUCCGAUUUUUGUCGCGGGAGACGCCGAAAGUAAAGGUCGGAGACCUCGAGACCUCGUUGGGCCGUUUGCGUGAACAAAGUAGCAUGGUUCAAUGCAUUCUGAGUAUGUUUGACACGACAACUGACGAAACCGGGCAAAUGAUUUCACACUGUCGCUUCAUGCUAGAAAAGAUGGAAAAUGAUUGGAUUUCGUCAACCAGAUCAAAUGCAAAUGUUCAUCGACCAUCCUACGUCGCUCAUCUGCUCACGCCUCGGAGCCACAGCAAAGAGCUAUUUUCGCCCUAUCGCCUCACACGAGAGCUGCAGAUUGAAGGGAUGUCCAUGGAACACAUCCUUGACCUUUAUGGAAAGUCGAACGUCAAACCGUUCAUGAUUAGGGACAUACUUCGCCGAUGGCACGCCUAUACCGAUGAAAGGGACUACAAAAUCAUGCUGACAACACUGGCGCACAACAGUUUUGACAUAAUGCACGUUGACAUGCACCUCACUCGGCUAUAUGAGUUAAGCCCUAUAGCAUUUUCCAAUGCACUUGGUAUCCUCUCUCUCAAUGACUACAAUAUAGCUCGAACCUACACAGGUCUUUUGAAGCUAUGGAACCUCCUUUUCCAUGAGCCAGAAUGGACACCAUACGGAGGGGCCCCGUGCCGAGAAGAGCUUCUGCAUCAUAAAGCAUAUUCCAAGGUACUAAAGUAUUUCCAUGGACGUCCCAACGGACUAGCCAAAGCAUGUUCCAAUCUGACAAAUCUACGGAACCUCCUUUGCUUUGAGCCAGAGUGGGCACGAAAAUACAACGUGGUGCGCUACCUAUCGUUGAAUCUGGAUCUUCCAUCGAUCCCAAUUGGUAAUCUGGAUUUCAUCUUAGAGGCUAUCGACAUUUUCGACGGAGAUGUAUUCCAGGUUCACUCUAAUUUCCACUCGCUUCUCGAAUCUGCCGGUCUCACCCAACUCUCGAUGGACGAACGGUCACGCAAAUACCCUGACACCGAACCUACACUUACGAUGUCGCCCAAAGAAAUUCUAGAUGCAUCUAAUAUGGCUUUGGAACUUUGGCGGAGCAACGGAUUCGACACUUCAAUCAGCCGAUUAGCCUUCGAGGAUGGGCCAGUCUUCGACCUUGUAAUCUCUAACGUUCUCGUCUACUUACAUGCUCUUCGACGCAGUUCUUAUCGUCAAGACGUGGUGCGCACACUUAAAAGCAUCUCAGUUCUUUUUCCUAUCAACUCCCCGGCCGAACGUAGUAUGAGUCACGUUCUAUGGGUCGCUGCAUACUGUCCAAACAGCCACAACUCACUAGUCAGUCAGCUCUACAACAUGAUCAGGUUGCUGGCAUCGUAUUUUCGGGAGAUAACUAAGUCAGAAUACCUAUCCUUACCUCAUUGGGAACUGAUGAGGCAAUAUGGCUAUAACCUUGCUCGAAUUGGGGACGUUAGACAGACGUUAGAAGCAAGCUUUCCGGCCGCUUUGGUGAAAGAAGGCUAUCACUGGAUAUGGUUCAUAUUCAACAAUUUUGACAUUGAAGUUACGAAGACCGACGCCACUUUGAUGCCAACAACAUUCCUUGGGUGGGGACGCGAAGAGAGGAUUCUGGAGAUUAAAAGAAUGCAUCGGGCUCGUGGCCUGAACAUAACGUACGAGUGGGAGACAUUCGCCAGGACAGUCCGGCGAUGA